CAUAUCGGAGUGGAGCCAAAUGAAUGACAUACCCACAUGGAAACAACGGACCCUUCCGAUAAUCUUCCUAACGACGUCGUCUUCGACGAGUCAUCGCCGGAAACCGACCUAACACUCUCAGGCUCAACCCCUCACGACAAUCACCAUUCCCAAAACCACUCGUCGGAAAACCCGUCCGCACCUCCCCGAACGACUCUUGAUGCUCCGAUAUCGGACUCUCAAGAUGACUCGUCCGAGCCCAUCCCCGAAGGCGAAGACUCCCUUCUUGAUCAACAAGGCCUUCCAAACCCAGCCGAACCUGGUCCAGCCGAGCCCGGUCCGCCGGCCAAGAGACGUCGUCGCAGGAAGAAGUUCUUUACGGAGCUCAACAGCACUCCGUCGUUGGCCAAGAACCGCCGGACCGACCUCAACAAAGACGUUGACGUAGAAGCCCUAAUUGCAAUCUCAGUCGGAUUUCCGGUCGACUCGCUCACGGAGGAGGAGAUCGAGGCAAACGUGGUCCCCACCAUUGGCGGCGUUGAGCAAGCCAACUAUAUCGUCGUGCGGAACCACAUUUUGGCUCGGUGGAGGUCCAAUGUCUCUUUCUGGUUGACCCGGGAGCUGGCCCUGGAGUCGAUUCGCUUGGAGCACAAAGGCCUGGUCGACUCAGCUUACGACUUUCUGGUGGAGCACGGCUACAUCAACUUUGGGCUUGCACCGGCGGUUAAAGAAGCCAAAUUGAACUCCUUUGAUGGGGUCGAGAGGGGCAAUGUGGUCAUUGUGGGGGCUGGUUUGGCCGGUUUGGUAGCGGCGAGGCAACUGGUGUUCUUGGGCUUCAAAGUUGUGGUCUUGGAAGGUAGGAACAGGCCUGGUGGGCGCGUGAAGACAAGGAAAAUGAAAGGCGAGGGCGUGGAGGCUGCAGCGGAUCUCGGUGGCAGUGUCCUCACCGGAAUCAAUGGAAACCCGUUAGGGGUUUUAGCUAGGCAACUGGGUUUGCCUCUUCAUAAGGUGAGGGACAUUUGCCCGCUCUAUUUACCAGAUGGGAAAGCAGUGAAUUCUGAAAUUGAUUCUAGGAUAGAGGCUUCUUUUAAUAAGUUGUUAGAUAGAGUGUGUAAGCUAAGGCACGCAAUGAUCGAGGAAGUUAAGUCCGUGGAUGUUUCCUUAGGGACUGCACUUGAAGCUUUUCGACGUGCUUAUAGUGUUGCCCAAGACCCGCAAGAGCGUAUGCUCUUGGAUUGGCAUCUGGCUAACUUGGAAUAUGCAAAUGCUUCCUUAAUGUCCAAUUUGUCCAUGGCCUAUUGGGAUCAGGAUGAUCCCUAUGAGAUGGGUGGUGACCAUUGUUUUAUUCCGGGAGGCAAUGAGACCUUUGUGCGAUCCCUUUCAGAGGGCCUUCCAAUCUUCUAUGAAAGGACUGUGCAAAGUAUUAGGUACGGCUCUGAUGGGGUUUUGGUUUACGCAAAUGGUCAGGAGUUUCGCGGGGACAUGGUUCUUUGCACAGUCCCAUUAGGUGUGCUUAAGAAGGGUUCCAUUGAAUUUGUCCCAGAGCUUCCACAAAGGAAGAAAGAUGCAAUUCAGAGUUUAGGAUUCGGAUUAUUGAAUAAGGUUGCCAUACUAUUCCCUUAUAAUUUUUGGGGUGGAGAUAUUGAUACUUUUGGGCAUUUGACUGAAGAUCCGAGUAUGAGAGGUGAGUUCUUUCUGUUUUAUAGCUACUCUUCUGUAUCAGGAGGGCCUCUUCUGGUUGCUCUUGUUGCUGGAGAUGCUGCCAUUAAGUUUGAGUUGAUGUCUCCUGUGGAGUCUGUGAAUAGGGUGUUGGAGAUAUUAAGGGGUAUUUUCAACCCGAAAGGGAUUGCUGUUCCAGACCCUAUUCAGGCAGUGUGCACUAGGUGGGGGAAGGAUGCCUUUGCAUAUGGUUCUUAUUCGUAUGUUGCGGUAGGGUCUUCAGGAGAUGAUUAUGAUAUUCUUGCAGAGAGCAUUGGGGAUGGGAGAGUGUUCUUUGCCGGAGAGGCCACUAACAAGCAGUAUCCAGCAACAAUGCAUGGAGCCUUACUCAGUGGAAUGAGAGAGGCUGCUAAUAUACUGAGAGUGGCUAAAAGGAGGUCAAUUAUCCCAUCAGAAAAAUUAAACAAUGUUUAUGGGGGGGAAAGCGACGAUUUGAAUAAAUUAUUUGACACCCCUGACCUAACGUUUGGGAGCUUCUCUGUUUUGUUUGAUCCCAGGUCAAAUGAGGUUGAUUCUAGUAACUCACUAUUGAUGGUGAAAUUUGGAGGGAAAUAUUUGGACGUGGGAUGUCUCAGUCUCUGUCUGUAUGGCUUAAUUUCAAGGAAUCAAGCCAUUAAGCUGAGUGAGGAAGAAGGUGAAGAGAACAGGAUGAGAAUGUUAAAUCAGGAAUUUGGGGUGAGGUUGGUUGGGAGGAAAGGUUUAAGUGGUGCCGGGGAGUCUCUAAUCACCAACAUUAGAUCAGCAAAAUCCAACCUAGAAGAUGGAGGAAUUCAAAGAUGAUACUUGUUUACCUGAACAUUGAAAAGAAGCUACAUCUGUUAGCGGUAUCAAGUAUGAAAGCAGUACAGUAGGUAUACGAACUGGAUGGAAUUCUUGGUGAACUGAUUUGGUAGCUGCUAGUAGAAGUCAUUGUUCAUGCCAAGAAGAGGAAGAGGGUGUGAUUCUGGUUGAUGCUUGAGCAAUUCAGCAUUCUUAACCAAUGCCUUAUGCCUUGUGAGUUUGUUUGCCUAACUAUUUAUCUUGCAGGGGCAAAGCUGAUUGUGAGUUGACUUAAAAUAUAUUCAUCCUCCCACAUUGACUUUGUUGUA